AUGUAUCCUGUCGAGAGAGGACGGGCCGCCACGGAGCAGCGGUUCGCGUACCGGCAACAUGAACUGCAUGAUGAGGAAGUUCCAAGCGAUGACGACGACGACGCGUCCAUGGAAACGCGGACCUUUUCGUUUCUGGUAAUCGGGGACCAGAACGCCGGCAAGUCGACCUUCCUGCACAGCUUUUCCCGCUUCCAGGAUGUGUCUUUCACGCGCCUGCAGUCCUUUCUACCCACGAUCACAAGCAGCUUUGUAAAUCGCUGUUACCACACUAGUUCGGACCACGACCAAGAUGAACACGGACGGCCGCACCAAGGCGCUGAUAUACCACACCAUCCUGAAACCGGGGAUCAGCCGCUAGAUGCAGCUCGUCAUGUAGAGGAUGAAGAACAGAAAGAGCAGGAGGCCGCAAUAAAGCAGCUGUGCGAUGAACCGCCUUACCUGGACACGGAUUUGGGUACUGCCACCGCGGUUCUCACGGCGGAAGCCUUCGCUUUCUUUGCCGCGGAGUUUGACGUUGAGGUGCGGCCGCCUCUGAGUGUGGACACUAGUUUCGUGCAGUUGCGGUUUCACGAAAUCGGAGGCGACCACCUCGAUCGCAUGAUGGCCGCACUUGGAGGGAGGAACAACUGCGAGUAUGGUGGCCAAAGGGCCUGUGGGACGAACCGGUCCGAGAAUGAUAUGAACAAAAGUGCUACCUCCGCCGCCACUCAGCUGCACCAGAACCCGUCGGGAAACCACAUGCGUGAUCUCCAGGUGCAGGAGAGCUUCCGUGUGCUCCAGAAGGUCACGAAGCUCGUUUACUUCGUCAACGCUUCGAACCUUCGCGGUCAUACUCAAGAUGAGGAUUCCGCGACAGGCAACCCUGCAUGUGAUCGUCGUGGCCAGAAUCACAAGUACAUGCAGCAACUUGAGGAGCGGCUCGCGUUUCUGGGUAAGCUGUGUACCAAAUGUCGCAGCGUUGUGUUCUACUGCUCGCGCAUCGAGUCUGACGGCCAGGCAGGAAGCGCUCCAGGAGAUGCCCGAGCCUAUGCAAUCCCACUACCGGAAAGGACCCUCGCGGCAGCGACAGUCGAACAACAUCAAGAAGGCGGGCAUAAUUAUACAGACGAAGCGUUCGCGGGGAUCUCCUCGCUGGAUCCUUUUAGAGAAGAAUAUGGGGAAGAGGCCUGGCAGAAGGAGAAGGCCAGCCUCCUACGGCUCCACGGAGCGGCAAAGUUUCGCACGUUGCGAGAGGCGCUUAUACUUUUGUCGCGGCGCCCGGGUUUUCUUCCCUGCGAAGGUGUGUAUGCUACCCGCAAUCUGGAUGAGAACGGAAGCACAGCCGUUUGUUCGAUUGUGGUACUUCUGGUGCGGCUACUGAGACAGACGCUGGAUGACCGGGGCGAGCAGGAGAGUGAUCAUGCUAAGCCUAAGCCACUAGAAGACGGUGUUGGUGGCGCCAACAAAUCUACAGAAUUACCCCAAACGACAGAAAAAGAAAAGCUAAAAGAAGACGAUCAAAACAGACGACAACAGGCCGCUUUCGAGCAGCGCGACAACGGCGCUGGAGAUCUGCAAUCCGAUCUGCCAGAAUUUGUGGAAUUGCUAGUAGCUUGCUGUGUGCACUACCGCACAUUUGUCUCUCCACCCGUGCACUACCUCUCGGAGCAGCACUGGAAACGAUUUCUUGCCGAUAAGUUGGUCGUGAGCCCCUCCGUUCCAGCGAAGUGGCCCCGCUUCGUGCCAUUGCUGGCACGAACAGGACUAGCAGUCACAGUGACAGUCCAAAACACCUUUUUCAUCCGGUUGCCAGUGCACGCUGGGCUUUUCGACUUGCUCACCUCAGACGCGAUGAGGCGUCAGCUUCUCCGUGCCAUUUGCAACCACGUGGAGCCAUCGAGUCCCCAAGACGCGACGAGCAUAGAGGUACCAUAUGCAGAGGAGCGUUCUCAAGCGCCUCUUGAUGAAGACGUUGAACGGCGAGGCGGAAGCUCUACACAGAUCCUCAAGGCUCCUCCAUGUCCGCAGCUAGUAGCCUUGAGCCGGACGCCGGGCUUGCAAGAUUUAGACGUAGAACUCCGGAAACGAAUUGAGGAUGCGGAAGACGCCGAUGCUUUCGCAGAGUGGACAGCCGAGCUUGGCAUUCUGCAUCGUCUCAUUCUGCUGGAUCACUAAAGGAUGCCACGCGACCUCUGACUCGGUCAGCGAACGAAAAGCACAACUCUGCAGAACAUGAUAAUCAUCCACAUUGGUACUUAAGCUUAAGCUCCGAUUCCUCGAUUUAGAUGUAAUGAUCUUUCCGUCGAAGCGAUCCUUAUUUUUUGAUGUUGUUACUACUUGCUCUGAAAGACACAGGCGACAACGACAAGCACGACAAAGAUGAUGGUUUAUGUGAAAAGCACAGAUAAGAAAUUCGUACAUGUUGAUCGAAGGCGAAGCCAAGGUCUGUUUUUCUAAGCCUUGUGCAGUUGUUGACUGUAAGGACGCGG